AUUUGGAGAUAUGCAUUUUUUUCUUGAAUAUAGGACAUGCAAUAAAGAAAAUGUCUUUGUAAGUGUGUGGUUAUGGUUGUUUGGUUAUUAUUUAUUGGUUUCAAUCUGGUGAUGAUGUUGCCCAACAUUUGCGAAUCAACACUGGAGGUGACAAUUUUCUUUUUGCAUGAACUUAAGCUGCUUGCUCACAACUUGGGGGAAAAUGGUGUAACAUUUCCAAGAGGAUUAUGAUUUGGUCUAUAAAUUCUGUGUCAAGUGUGUUUAUGUAUUGGGUAAAAUAUGGACACAGACAUUCAUCACCUAUGUAAAAUAUUAAAAAAAUAACCGAAAAAUAGAAAUUUGCUAUCUAAAAGGAGACCAAAGAAGGAUUGAGUUAGGUCAAAUAUAAUAAUAUAACCCAAUGAUGGCCAUAUCAGAUUGCAUAUCCAGCAACUUUUAAUUGGACAUUUAAGAGUUGGAGGGAGCAAAUGAAUAAAUGACUUGCUUGUCCACUUUGUUCCAUACUAGCUUACAUCAGCUAUAUUUGUAAUAUUUAUUGCUCAUAUUUAGAGAACAUUUUUGUUAUAUAUGAGAGAAUUUUAUUGUUGUAAUAAGUGGUCAUGCUUCUGCAUUUAUCUACAGGAUCAGCUGGUUACAAGGCAGUAAUUCACUCUGACCUUAGAACAACAGCAACCAGUAAAAACAGGACCAGAACAUCAUAAGGUUGGUAUUGUAACUUGUCAAUGAAGCUUUAGUUUGGUGAGGUAGAAUGGUAGAUAUUCACAAACCCAUGUGUCUUAUUAUGACUGUUCUCCUAUGCAUCUCACUUUUCAGUUUGUGUUUCUAAGGGUUAGAUGCACAUUUGGAAGUUGAUUUGGUGAUGGAUUGAAUGCUUGCACUUAGUUGACUAAUUUAUUACUCACAAUUUUUUUUUGGUACCUUAAUCAUACCGUAUCCCUGUAGGUUUGAUGUUUAGAACUAGUGAUAGAUUGAGGAGAUCAGUGAUGAAAUUUAGGUUUAAGACAUCAUGAUGAAGGGCUGGUGGGGGUCAGUUAUGGACUGAAAGGUGGGAUGUCAGGAUUCAUGAAUGUCAUUGCCUUCACAUCACAUUGCGAAUAGGGGACAAGUUGAUUGAAGGUCCUAAAACCUAAGGAGAAUGGAAAUUAGGCUUUCAUGGUUUCUUAUCUCAUGUUCCCCAUUCACUUACAUUCUACUGGUCUUAUCUUGUUCUGCCUGUUUCUUUCCAUCCUUUUCGUGAAAGACACUACACUUUUCUGUUUGCAUCUCUGUGUCAACACUUUCUGUGGUUCCUUCACUGAAGAUAUUUUGAAACAGAGAAGACCAACUUAAAUCUCCAAGUUUGAUCACCUUUUUUGUCAACCUUUUCAGACUUUUUGCCCAAGGUAUAUUAUAUGAGUUUAUGGUUAACCUAGUUGAUAAAAGCCUGUUUAAAGGUUAUAUUAUGCAUGAGCUUUUAUUACGUUUUAGUUUUUCCCUCCCUUUUUGUAACAUGGAAUGAUCUAUUCAUUUGAAUUAGAAAAAAGGUUUCGAACUCUGAUAUUUCUUAGAAGUGGGACAGAUUUAAGACUUUUAUUUAGUAGAGGUGAACACAUUGAAGAAAAUUUUUAGUGAGGA